GAGGCCACAUCAGGGUGCGCAGGCGGUGCUCGCGGUUUACGACGUGCCGGAAAGUAGCGACCCGCAUUCCCCGCUGGGCUGGGCAGGGCCAUUAUGGGGAAAAUCGCGCUGCAGCUCAAAGCCACGCUGGAAAACGUCACUAACCUCCGGCCUGUGGGGGAGGAUUUCCGGUGGUACCUAAAGAUGAAAUGUGGCAACUGUGGUGAGAUUUCAGAGAAGUGGCAGUACAUUCGGCUGAUGGACAGUGCGGCACUGAAAGGAGGCCGUGGAAGCGCCUCCAUGGUCCAGAAGUGCAAGCUCUGCGCAAGGGAAAACUCCAUUGAGAUUUUGAGCAGCACCAUCAAAUCUUACAAUGCUGAAGACAAUGAGAAGUUUAAGACCAUAGUAGAGUUUGAGUGCCGGGGCCUUGAACCAGUCGAUUUCCAGCCCCAGGCUGGGUUUGCUGCUGAAGGUGUGGACACGGGGACAGUCUUCAGUGACAUUAACCUGCAGGAGAAGGACUGGACUGACUAUGAUGAAAAGGCUCAAGAGUCUGUGGGAAUUUACGAGGUCACCCACCAGUUUGUGAAGUGCUGACCUCUCCACCUUCACACUCGCCUCUAAGAACUGAGAAGGGACAGUGUGUCCCAAGCAGCAGAGCCCACUGAGGCUGGUACCCUCAUCCGUUGUCUCCCGGCAGCUGUCCAAACCCUCACAAGUCUGCAUGCUGGGCUCUGUCACACCUUCCCAAGCCCCACCAAUAAAGCCCGUUUGUGCUGUACUCGUGCAUGAAGGCAGAGUGCAGGAGCAGCCACUCCCUCCACAAGUCAGAAUUCA